AUGGUUUUGGCACCGCCGCCACUGCCGAUGCGCUUCCCGUGCUGGGUGCGCGCGGUAUACUCUUGGGGAGGAGAGUCGAAGCGGGACCUUGGGUUUAUUGAGGGCGAUUUGAUCGAGUGUCUCAACGCAGGAGAUGGUUCGUGGUGGACGGGCAGGCUAUUCCGGGACAGGAGAGCCGUCGGCUUGUUUCCCUCAAAUUUUGUCGAGGUGUUGCCAGACAACUUUCGCCCAACCACCAGAUCCGUCAGCCCAUUAGCCGCUCACAGCAACACGCCGAGUCCCAAGGGCGGCACUCCCCAAAAAUCGAGGACCUUCCGCAAACCCUUCGAGGCCUACGCUAAAGCGCCGCACUACACGACGGCCAAAAUCCCAGAGACAUGGAAAAACGGCGUGAAGCCGACCGAUACGUCGCCCAAUCCCAAGGAAAAUGCACCGCGGCCGCGAGAGACGCCUAGGAAUUCUUUCGACCACACGAGUGCAGCAGCUCCCCCCGCCGUCGACCACAGGUUGGCCCAUUCUCCCUCGCGAGCCCCGAGCCACCUUGGAGGAGGGCGAGAUCCUUCUCCAGCUCCCUCCAGGGUUCCUCAUCAUUACGUGGGACAGGAUCAUCCCUCCCCGUCCCGAACUCCCAGCCACAUUGAAAGGGAUCACUCGCCCGGACGACCUCCGAGUUUUAUGGGGCGGGAACCUUCUCCACAUGUUCCUAUGUAUGCGAACCGGGAUCCCUCACCUUCCCGAGCUCCCGGCCACAUCAGUAGGGAUCCCUCCCCUUCCCGCGCGCCUAGUUUCGCCGGUUCUCGAGGGCCGUCCCCUGCACCGUCGUACAUCCCGUAUCGGCCACCGCAAACCCGCCAACAACACACCUACCAUCUCAGCUUAGACCAGACGGAGCCCUAUCGACCCGCAGUCCAGGGAGGUGAUUCUCCCCCUCCUCCACCCCCACCGCCUCAUCGCUCCAAGCUGGCCCGGCACGGCGGCCAGGCUUCGUACGACGAGGGGUGCUAUGGCGCUCUGUCGAGGGAACCUGGAGGACUAUCCAGACAGCACUCCACCGCCUCGUAUGGCUAUGAAGCCCAGCAACCGCCAAAUCAUGAACCAUACGAUGACCAUCAGCAGGUCAACACGGGUUACCAGACACCCCGGAUGCCGUCGCCGGGGCCUGGACCCCCUUCACCGGGAGGGUUCACACCGUCUCCCCUCAGAGAGGCCAUGGACGACGUAAUGGAGCAGCUUGACGCGCUGGGAGCUGGGAGGGAGGCCGAAUCUCCCGAGCCGGAGUUGGACCCGUGGUCGCCCGAGUCCUUUGACAUGGUACAACAUCUGUCUAGAAAAAAGCGGGACCACCAACAACAUUCACAACCUGCAACCGUAACUUCCUUGCAGGUCGACGAAGGCUACGAGACGUACAGCGGUAGUGGGUCGUCGCAAGAACCCACCCCCAUGGACUCGUACCAUCGUCCGCUUUCACAGCUGAACGAUCAUGUUGAACGAGCAGAAUCGAGCUUGAAGAUAACGUCUCAGCCGGGUGACAUGUUGGAAGAGGAGGAAGAGGAAGACGAAGCCCCGCCGCCUCCUCCCAAGCGCGGCCGGUUCUUUGAGCGCCCGAAGUCAUCCAUUGAUGUCACCGCGCUGCCUGACCAAAAGCUGCGGCAGAAGAAAUCAGCUUACGAGAUCAGUCGGCAAGUGCUCAACCGAACGUUCACCACGAAAACAAAUUCCACCAACAGCUCGUCGGCCACCCAAAGCACCGACCGCAGUCUCAUGAGCGGCGUGUCGGCGGGAGGAAUCAGCGCUACGAGCGCGGGGAGCUUGGCGAGGAAAAACCGGAGUAGGGCUCAGAGUGCCCUCGCCAUGCGGGAUCUUGAUGCCGACCGCCCAGGCACACCGUUCACGGGCAUCACAUACCACAGCAGCCACGCCUCGGGCGAUCAGCGGCCGAAGUCUCAGGUGGGCUUCCAUGACGACCCUAUGGCCUCGGUGGGCGGGCUUGUCACGCCGAAGCCUAAGAAACAAAACUUUAUCAAGCGCAUUCUAGAGUCUGCCAAGACUGGCGUUGCUAGCACUCGAGGGAGCCUUGCUGCAGCCAGCUCUGCCACGCCAUCGGGUCGGUCGACACCUGUCCUGCCUUCACUCUCCGCGCCCUUGUUUAGCAAGACGGGUCGAGACCACGGGAGAGAGAUGGGACUUAGUGGCGGCGUCGACUGGGUCCAGGUACGACGAGACGUGAACCGGUCAAACUCCUUGAGCCAGAAUGAGCUGCUAGAGAGACGGGAGCGUUGCCAGAUGUUGGACUAUCCGGCUUUGGACCCCGUUGAUGAGUUGUACGACAAUAUUGACGGAGAUGAGGGUGCCGAUGGGAUGCCGGUGCCCGAUCCAGUCAAUUACAACGCCAUAAACUUGAGCCAGGUCGACAAGAACUCACGCUUCUUGGCCAACCUACCCCCUACUACGACACCAAUCACUUUAGCGACGACAUACGUCUGCCGACCGUACCGCAGCGAUGUCCAGCGUUUGCGCUCCAUUUUCACUUGGGUGGCCGAGAAAAUCAUGUGGGAGGAGGACUUCGACGGCCCCAUCGACACACGCCGUGUUCUCCAGACGAAACGGGCAUCUGCCGAGGAGUACGCCAAUUUGGUCUUGGAGAUGUGCGCAGCAAUCGGGAUGACCUGCGAGGUUGUUCGCGGGUAUCUCAAGACACCUGGGGAGAUUCCCGAAGUUAACAUCAUGCCUCGGUCGAACCACUGGUGGAACGCGGUGUUGGUAGACAAUGAAUGGCGUAUGAUGGAUUGCUGUCUGGCUAGCCCAUCUAACCCGCGGAGGAUCCAGUACUCGAGCCACAGUAGCUCAUCUGCGGAUCCUUGGUGGUUCCUGGCACGCCCGACUGAAAUUUGCUGGACGCAUAUCCCCGAGAAUCACGAGCAACAGCAUAUUUGCCCGCCCGCGGCCCAUGAUAUUUUGCUCAACUUGCCUUGCGCUUGCCCGCCGUUUUUCAGGAACGACUUAGACAUGGUCGAAUACAACACCUCUCUGACUCGGAUCGAGGACCUUGAGAUGGUGCACAUCAAGUUCAGCGUCCCGGCAGACAUCGAGGUAGCCGCCGAGGUUGAGGUACGCAGCUACGCGCGAGAUGCAGACGGCGACUACUUUGAGUCCGGCGACAUGGUCAGGAAGCGAGCACUGGCUCAGGCCGAAUGGUUCAACGGCACCAAGCGGUAUACCAUUAAGGCCUUACUCCCCGGUGACGAAGGAACUGGCACGCUCAAAGUGUACGCCGGCAAGCGUGGCCUGAUGCACAGCAUCAAGGACAUCCCACACCCAUUAGCCUUUGCUCUGCCCAUCAUCCACACGGGCGAGAACCCGCCAUACGAGUUCGUAACCCGUCACCCGACGCCACACGCCCAGCGCCACGACAUCUACGUUGUCCAGCCGCAGUGCCAACGGCUCGCGCUCAACAACACCUUCGUCUUCGCCAUCCGCCAACACCCAAGCUCCAUCGGCUCAUCUUCAUCGGGCGCAUCCCCCAUGACACCGUCCUCCAACCCCGGCAAUGCCUCGCCCAUCCCUUUCAUCCGCCCCACCUCGGCCAUGAGCAUGACCUCCAGCGCGGCGGGUUCCAACCCCAGCACCACAGCCGGGGGCAACGGCUCGUCUUCUUCGUCCAAGAAGCCUGCCAAACUCGCCAUCCAGACCCCGGGCGGUAAGAUCCUCCGCCUCAUGCGCAAGGAGGACAAGCGCGGUAUCACAGGUAUCCUCAACUCCAACGGUGCUAGCAACAGCAGCAGCGCACUGCGUGGUGUUACCGGGCAGGCGAACAGCCCUGGAGCGCCGCUUCUGGGCGAGGAUGAGGCAGCGGGCGAUGGUGGCAUGUGGGAGACGAUCAUCAAGUGCAGUGAGAGAGGCGUGUGGAGGGGUCUGGUGCUGGCUGACCGGACGGCGAGAUGGUGCGUUUUUGCGGAGUGGGUUUGUGAGGGUUAA